AAGAAGAAGAAGAAGAAGAAGAAGAAGUAGUAGAAGAAAAAUAACAACAACGAAGCAAAGCGAGCCUGUACGUGAGGUUUUCAUCAAAUUUUUAUUUAGUUUUAACAAUUUGAGCAGAAUUCAAAAAGUGUCCCGAAAAACCCCUUCCAGACAUGAAGAACCGAGGUAAUGGCUACCUGGAUGUUCGACUCAAACAGCGAUUGGAAGAAUAUUUGGCUUCCAGCAGUAAUUAUGUGGAUCUGUGCUCUAUUGCAUUAGACCUUCAAAAACAGUACAGAAUGGAGUACGGUAGAAGAAACAAGACUGCAUUCAGAAUUCAAGUUGAGAAAGUAUACCAAGCAAUAAAAACGGAGUCUGAAAUCAAUGAUCUGGAGACUGCCCACCUGACCAAACGAGCCAAGCAUAGCCACAAUGAAUCGAGUGAUGACAGCGGCAGCAGUUCUGAAGACGUACUGGAGAAUAGUAACACCAGUCACAUGAACAGCUCCCUUACGUCUCUAUACCGGAAAGGGACAUCUGACACCUACUCGACUGUUGGAGAUUUGCCCGAUGCAAGUAAAGUGUCCACGGGAGGGUGGUUCAUUGAUCGAGACAAAGGUUCUGCAAAGACCAACAUCUUAAUUGACCUAAGUGAAGAUCAGCCUAUUGAUGCAGUAAGUAAAGAAGUUUCCAUGUUGGAGCCUUCUAAGAAAUCAGGAAAAAGAAAAAAGACGGAUGAAAAUGCAAAGACCCUGUCUACGAGCAAGAAAGGAACUGCCUUGGCAAAAUCAAGAUCAACAAAGCUGCAGUAUCCCACUCUGAAGUUUGAAGAUGUGGGUGGUAAUGAAGCGACAUUGACGGAAGUAUGUAAACUGCUCAUUCACAUGCGGCACCCAGAGAUAUACCAGCAGCUGGGAAUGGUUCCUCCCAGGGGCUUUCUCCUCCAUGGACCUCCUGGCUGUGGAAAGACCCUGCUAGCACAAGCUGUGGCAGGGGAGCUGGACCUCCCCUUGCUGAAGGUGUCUGCUCCAGAAUUAGUGUCUGGAGUAUCUGGAGAGUCUGAACAGAAGCUCAGGGAGCUCUUUGAUCUUGCUGUGAGCUCAGCUCCAUGUAUCCUGUUUAUUGAUGAGAUAGAUGCUAUAACACCAAAGAGAGAAAUAGCCUCCAAAGACAUGGAAAGGAGGAUUGUCGCCCAGAUCCUCACCUGCAUGGAUGACUUGAACAGUCGGGCAUUUGGAACGCAACUCCUGGUCAUUGGUGCAACUAAUAGGCCAGACUCCCUUGACCCUGCCCUGCGUAGAGCUGGACGCUUUGACAGAGAGAUAUGUCUUGGUAUCCCAGAUGAACAGUCUCGUCUAAGGAUUUUAAAGACUUUGUGUCGUAAGCUGAAGAUGCCAGAAGAUUUUGACUAUGGCAAACUGGCUCGCCUUACCCCAGGAUACGUGGGUGCGGAUCUCAUGGCACUCUGCCGCGAAGCUGCCAUGAAUGCUGUCAACAGGGUUCUGUUGGUGGGAAAAGUACCAGCGAAGAGCAAAACCAGCAUCCUCAGCAGUGACUUGCCACUUGGGACUGAAGCUGUGACAAACGACAGUAGUGAGAACACCGGUACAGCAUCAUCGCCAAGGAACACAUCCUCAGAAAUAGUGGAUGUUAAUCAGUUAUCUCAGUAUAACUUGGGACAUGAGCAUCUGCCGGGUGAUCUAUGGCACCUGCUGCAAUUGCUGAAGAACACUAAUACUCUACCAGAGCAUGAGCUGACCAGCCUCUCUCUCAUCAUGUCAGACUUUGAGACAUCUCUUUCCAACGUGCAGCCUUCAGCCAAGAGGGAGGGCUUUGCCACUGUGCCUGAUGUCACAUGGGAUGAUGUCGGAGCGCUUCAUGAAAUAAGGGAAGAACUUACAAUGGCCAUCUUGGCUCCAGUACGUUCUCCUGAGCAGUUCAGGGCUCUUGGAUUGAGUGCUCCAUCCGGAGUGCUGCUGGCCGGUCCUCCAGGCUGUGGAAAAACCCUUCUUGCAAAGGCGGUGGCCAAUGAGUCAGGUCUCAACUUCAUAUCUGUCAAAGGCCCAGAGCUUCUCAACAUGUAUGUUGGCGAAAGUGAGCGGGCUGUGAGACAAGUCUUUCAAAGGGGCCACAAUUCUGCUCCUUGUGUCAUCUUCUUUGAUGAGAUUGAUGCUUUAUGUCCUCGACGUUCAGGCCAUGAGUCAGGAGCCAGCAUACGUGUGGUGAACCAGUUGCUAACAGAAAUGGAUGGCUUGGAAACUCGCCGACAAGUCUUUAUCAUGGCUGCAACCAACAGACCAGAUAUCAUUGAUCCUGCUAUACUGAGACCAGGUCGUCUAGAUAAAACAUUGUAUGUUGGUAUGCCACCUCCAGCUGACCGCCUUGCAAUUCUGCUGACCAUUACAAAGAAUGGAACCAAACCUCAGCUGGAGCAAGAUGUUAGUCUGGAAGAGAUUGCAUACGAUGAACGCUGUGACUGCUUCACUGGUGCUGACCUGACUGCAUUGGUGAGGGAAGCAUCAGUAAAUGCUCUGAAGCCCUACCUGAAGUCCAGCUGUUUCCAACCUUCUUCCUCAGGUAACACAUUCUCCCCUGGACCUGUCGCUGAUAUCAGAGUGAGCAAAAAGAAUGUGGAAGAGGCCUUCGGAAAGAUUAGACCAUCCGUGUCAAAAAAGGACCAGAUGAUGUAUGAGCAGCUGAAAGUGUCCCUGAGAGGAUAAGCGCAAGACCAAAAUGAAAAAGGAUUACCAGUAGCAGGCUGACUCUACAUCCAUCAUUAAUUAUGAAAUGCUGGAUCCACCUUUGUCAAGGCUUGUUGUAUGACAAUAAAGUCAUUUGUACCUUAGA